GACCCGCAGACACUCAGAGAAGGAUCGGCACAGUGUAUCAUGUUGGUCAGAGGAGUUGCAGCGCCAAUAAUUGACGUUAAAUACCCCACUCAAAUUUGCGGAUUUUCUUGUAGUGUUUAGAUAUAUUUUUUCCCGUUGUAGUGCGGGGAGACAGUCGGAGCUUUGAGGGCACCCCGUGUUUUUUAAAGCCCGAAACAGUUGCUGUCAGGAGGGCUGCUGUUUAGUUGAUGUCAUCCGCGACAGAGCUGUAGCGACCUUCAAUUUCUAGGCAAGACUAGGAUAAACAAAGAGUCGUUUUUAAGUGUGUUUUUGCUUUGUUUUCUUUGCCGGUGACACAAGCAGCGAGGAUGGGACUUCUGCUGCCUUGUUAUCUGCUGUUAUCUAUUUUAACUUUCGCGGCCGGUUCAGAUUUCCAGCGCGGAUCCAAACCCUCCGGACAGCCGGUUUUUGUGAGGGAUUCAAGCACAGUCGAGAGAGCUGCGAAAAUCGUCAGGAGGUCUCUGCCUGCAUGGCUGGCUGCAUCACCAAACCACAAGAUAAAACGAAGAAGCACCGAGCAGGGCGACUCCUGCCAAGCUAUGCAAGGCUUCGACAAGAAGUUAGCUGACAACACCCACAGUUUUACCUUCAAUGACCUGAGUGGAUCGGUGUCACUGGCCUGGGUUGGAGAUGGCACAGGGGUCAUCCUGGCUUUGACAACUUUUCAGGUCCCCUUCUUCAUGAUAAGACUUGGGCAGUCUAAACUCUAUCGAAGUGAGAACUACGGGAAGUCCUUCCAGGAUGUGACCAGCCUCAUAAACAACACCUUCAUCAGAUCAGAGUUUGGUAUCGCCAUCGGCCCUGAGAACUCUGGGAAAGUGAUCCUGACAGGUGAAGUGUCUGGAAGUCUUGGGUCUCGAAUCUUUGUUUCAAUUGACUUUGGAAAGACUUUCAGCCACCUGGACCUGCCCUUCAUCCCCAUGAUGCAGAUCACAUACAACCCUGAGAAUUCCAAUGCCCUGCUGGUCCUCAGCAACAAUAAUGAACUGUGGGUGUCUGAAGAUUUUGGCAGCACCUGGAAAAAGAUCCACAGCAUGGUGUGUCUGGUGAAAUGGGGAAGGAAAAAUACAAUCUUCUUUACAGCCAACCUCAAUGGAUCCUGCACUGACCGAGGGGUACUGGAACUGAGGAGGACGACAGAUUACGGAAAAACUGUCAAGACUGUUGCAAGUAAAAUCUACUCCUUUGGCCUGGGCGGACGCUUCCUCUUUGCCUCUGUAAUGACAGGCAAGGGCACUCUGAGGAUGAUCCACGUGUCAGUAGACCAGGGUGAGACUUGGAACAUGGCUCAGUUGCCCCCUGUCGGUCACGAGCAGUUCUACUCCAUCCUGGCAGCGAACGAUGAUAUGGUCUUCAUGCACGUCGAUGAGCCAGGAGAUACAGGAUUUGGUACCAUUUAUGCAUCAGAUGACCGUGGCACCGUGUACUCAAAGUCACUGGACCGCCACCUUUACACGACCACAGGGGGCGAUACAGACUUCACUAACGUCACCUCUUUGCGAGGAGUUUUCAUCACCAGUGUCCUGGCUGAAGACAGCUCGGUGCAGUCUGUGGUGUCCUUUGAUCAGGGAGGGGAAUGGGUUCCCCUGCGGAAACCUGCCAACAGCAAGUGUGACGCUACAGCCAAAGACCCAGACAAGUGCAGUCUCCACAUCCACGCAGCCUACAGUACUGCUAUGAGGCUGAAUGUCCCCAUGCUGCCUCUGAGUGAACCAAAUGCUGUGGGUCUCAUCUUAGCUCAUGGGAGUGUUGGUGAUGCCAUCUCAAUGAUGAGGCCUGAUGUGUAUGUGUCUGAUGAUGGGGGGUACUCCUGGUUAAAGGCCCUUGAUGGACCCCAUCACUAUGCUAUUCUGGACUCUGGAGGGCUGCUGGUGGCUGUGGAGCACAGCCCCACUCAACCUAUCAAUAAGAUCAGAUUCUCUACUGAUGAGGGACAGUGCUGGGGUACGUAUACCUUUACCAAAGAACCCAUCUACUUCACUGGUCUGGCAUCAGAACCGGGAGCUCGCUCAAUGAACGUCAGUAUCUGGGGUUACAGAGAUUCCUUCCUCAGCCAGUACUGGAUCUCUAUCACCAUUGACUUUAGGGAUCUCCUCACCAGAGACUGCGAUGACAAGGACUAUGUGCAGUGGUUGGCCCACUCUGAUGACAUCAGUGACCCCAAUGAUGGUUGCAUGCUGGGCUACAAAGAGAAGUUCCUGCGUCUGAGGAAAGACUCUGUAUGCUAUAACGGGCGCGAUUACGUGGUCAACACCCAGCCAACCAAGUGUGCGUGCACCCUGGAUGACUUCCUGUGCGACUUUGGAUAUUACCGUAAAGAGAACAGCUCAGAGUGUGUGGAGCAGCCAGAUCUGAAGGGCAAAGUGUUGGAGUUCUGUCUGCAUGGAAAAGAGGAGCAGCUGCAGACUAGUGGCUACAGGAAAAUCCCUGGAGAUAAAUGUGAGGGAGGACAGAUGCCUGAGCGUAAAGAGAUCGACCUCAGUAAGAGGUGCGUGAGUGACCUGCUGGGCCCAGAACUCCUGGUAGACAGUCGCACCUCCAAGUCUGUACCCAUUGUGAUAACGGUCAUCAUCAUCAUGCUGCUGAGCACUGCAGCAGGAGUUGUCUUUGUCAAGAAAUAUGUCUGCGGUGGCAGGUUCUUGGUUCACAGGUACUCUGUGCUGCAGCAGCAUGUUGAAGACAAUGCCGCUGAGGGAAUGGAUGAUCCGCUGGAGACCAACCACACUCAAAACGGCAAGAUAGAGUUUCAUGACGACUCAGAUGAGGACCUGCUGGAAUAGCAGGCACAACCUGUCCAACAACAGGUUUCCAGCUCACCCGUGCGGCCGGUUGCUGUUCCUGUCACUCUUCCGUCUCCAGCUACUUCUUCCUUUCACCUUCUAGUAUGAACUUUGGCCUCAGCUACCAGACGAAGAGUCUGUGUCACUCUGCUGUCAUCUAUGAAGUAUAAUGAAUGUACGGAGGCUUCCUGGGACUAAUGCCACAGUUGAGGAGAACUAUGAAGGAGGUCUUGUAGUGUUCUGCUUAAGUUAUUGAUUCUUUUGAUUGAGUUUGAAUCGAGUUAUUUAUUUUAGAGUCGAAGAACUGAUUCAGUAACUUGAACUGCUGACAGAGCCAGAGUAAUAGGUUUUGAAGUAAAGCUAGUUGUAUAAAUCCACCACCAUUGCAUUACGGGUCCUGCCUCUCCCAUCGCCUGGGAGCGCUCCUGGAAAUACUACUCACUUCUGUUGAAGACGCGUGUCCUUUUUCUCAUGCACUUGUAUAUAAAAACCUGUUUAUCUUUGCCAUUUUUGAUGUGGUAUCAACUUGGUAGGUGUUAAAAAGGUUGCUGUUGGUUGCUGGUUAAUAUCUCUCCCAAACCACUCAAGUCUUAUCCCUGUUUUUAAUGAAGUAUUUUUUUGUCAGACAGUGUGCCCCAGAUGGCCAGGAGUAUGUAAAUUUUCAGUUUUCAGCCUCUUGCUCUCUGGCUCAGUGGGCUCUGAUCUGUGAAAUCCCCUGUUGGUAGUCUGUAUUUGGAAUACAAGCCUGCAUACUUUUGGUACUCCAUGGUAUAAAGAACCACAGUUGAAGUAAUAACACGCAAGUGGAAACUUCUAUUUGCAUUAAUUUUUAUAGCAAUAACAUGUUUAGAUUCAGUAUAGUGUCCAUGCAUGUUAAAUACUUCUAUUGGCACAAUUAUACAAUAAUCUAAUGUCUCCAGUUCCUCCAUUUGAUGAAUGGAUACGUUAUUUGUGAAACACGUUGAUGUAAAGGGUGGUAAAGUGUCUGUUUCAGGACAGGAUUUUGUUAAAAAAUUCAUGUCUGCAGUUUUAACUGCCUAAAGCACAUAGUCAUUUGUAUGCUAAGAGUUUGUAGUUUAACAUCUUUCCUAAAUGUGACCUAAUGAUUGAAGACUGUAAUAAUCACUGUAGUCAUAUACAAGUCGUGUUUGUAAUUAUUUGAGCAGUUUUUGUACUAACUUUUAAACUUAUGUAACAAAUGACAAAUUGCCAUGUGGUUCGAAGAUAUUCAGAAAUGACAAAUAACUAUAGUUUGAUAGUAAAUAUCUACAAUUAUUUUUACAACAGGUUCAGAUGACUCAUUGCAUCCAUAUAAUUUGGUGGUAGAAACAAAGGAGCAAUGUGAAAAAGCAAUUCAAUGAUGUAAAUGUUGUAUAGUGUAAUUAAAACUGUAGCCUGUUAGAAGAGGUAACAGACAUGGUUGUAUAAAAUACAACAUUAUGUGAGACUGUUGGGAUUCUGUUAUGGUAUUUUGAAUUUAAGGGGGCAAAAAUUCUCCAAAAGAACAGGGUUAUCAAAAGUUUCUCAUCUGUGUUUUUGUGUUGAUCCUGAUUCUACUGAUAUUUUGAAGCAAAACUGGAUUGGCCAAUGCAUCUCAACACACACAAGUCUUGUCAAUCACAUCAAGUCUUACAGCUUUUUUCCUCUUUCUUCUUGAAACAUUUGCACAAAUAUUUGUCUGUCUUGUUUUGAAUUCUUUGCUUUAAUACAGGUUUUAUUUAUUUGUGACAAGCAGGUUCAGCGUGCAGUAAAUGUGAUAUAGUUUGGAUGUGGUUAUACAAGUGCCUGCUGUGAGGAUAUGAUGUGAUAUGAUGUGUGGCCAGCGUCUUUUAACUGAUUAUUGUUUCUGUCAACUGAUGUGUAACCAGUUUCAUCCAGUAUGUCAAUGACACCCCUAAAUUGCACUUGUUUCCCCCUCUGAGAUUAAUCCUUGAGCAGUAAAGGACAUGUCUUGUUUGAUUUGAACUCCCAUUGAACUGCAUGUUAACUCGCAAUAUUUAAAUCCACAAAGCUUUGUUAAGAAAAUAGCCUACAAUAAUCUGGUUAUUCUCUCUUUAAUGUCUUGAUAUAAGACAUACUUUUGACUGUGAUACUUUGACAAGAGAAUCAACUCACAUAAAAAAUAAACAGUGGAUACAGGGUUAUUAUGUAGCUGCUAUACACUGGGAGACAUUGGAGUUCUUAUUUAAUGAAGGUUUAUUGCAUUGAGUGAAGGCAACACAUUUUUCUUACAGUUUAAAAAUGCUGUAUAAUUUAAUAAGUCAUUGUGAUGGUUCUGUAAAUAUACAAGGUAACAUCUUUGUAUCUGCUGUGUUUCUCUCUUCUGUAUAUUUUAGGCAAUUUUCUUUGGGUUUGCCAAUAAAUUCAUAUGUUCCUCUA